GUUCUCACCAAUCGAAGAGCGGCUUCCGGUGGACGUUGUUCUCCGUCCUUUUUUCUCUCCCCAAAAUGCACCGCACCACGGCCGCUCUAUUGUCGAAGUGUGCCAACCUCUCUCUUGUGACUGCCUUUCGUUCCUCUUCAAGACAAUGGCACUUUGCCUUCUUCCGCGGAAUCUUGGUGGAUGUGAGGCACACUGCGUUCUAAUUGAUUGCAGCGCACAAUUCAGUGCCUCAAAAUUCGCUAUCUUUUUGAGGAAGUUUAUCCCAAGUCAAAUAUGUACCUCGGAUUUGCGUUAUCAUCUUGAGGACACCAUAUCGAAUGUGAGUUGCAUGUGGCGUCUAUCACAAUGUCUCAGAUGUUAGCUAAAUUACAGAUUGUGGAAGUUUUUACUUACCGAGAAUUGACUUUGGCUCUUCAUGGGAUUCGGGAUAUUUUGUUUCGAAGACCAAUAUCAUGUCUGUUUAUUCAGCAGAUAGACGCCUUCUCGGAUAUAGAAAAGCUUGUCUACAAACAAAGUACACGGACGAAUACGGAACACGUUUUCUGGGCUAAUCUAGUAAGACGCCUGAUACACAAAUUCAAUCUUCUGUGCAUUGCUACCACGCGAUUCACCCCACUAUUGGAGCCACAAAAAGGUUCCAAUGAGGGCCAUUCCCACAUAACCACUGGUCACACAACUUCAUUUUCCCCUUAUCCACCAGAGACCAUGUCCUCUGACUGGUCUAACCAUGUUACCCACAAGAUACAGUUCACUAUUUGUCCCGAUCGCUUCAUGUCUUUCGUUCGAUGCGGUUCCCUAUCCCGAUUCUCAUUUGACGCGCAAGGCUAGUUUGAAAAUCUUUAGUUCUUCGAGUGUUUUUACGGACUUGUGUUACGUUUUCAACAUAAGAGGUUCUAUCAAGUGAUCGCAUCAACUCCAAAAUACAUGUUGUCUCAGCCG